CCUUGGAGCCUAUGUCGGCAGUCGCCGGUGCUUUCUACACGCGAGACGCAGACAUGGCCGUGGACAGGGAGGCAGUGCUACAACGAUACCUCGAUCUGGAGCAGCCGGACGACGCUGUAUUCUGCACAUACGUCUUCGUCGAUGGAACUUUGGAGAAAACUCGGUGCAAGACCAGAACUCUGGACUUUGAGCCGAAAUCCGCUGAAGAGUGCCCGGAAUGGACAUUUUGUGCCCUUGCAUCGUACCAGUGGCCGGACGCAGGCCCCAAGUCCGAAGCCUACCUUUCACCGGUCGCCCUCUUCAGGGACCCGUUUCUCAAGGGCCGCAACAAGCUCGUCCUCUGCGAAGUACUACAGCACGACCGCACACCAAUGAAGACUAAUACCCGCCGAAUCUGCCUCAACGCAAUGAACAAGGCAAAGGACCAGCAGCCCUGGUUCGGUAUCGAGCAAGAGUACGUGGUAACUGAAAAGGACGGACACCCAGUGGACUGGCCAAGACAGGCUAACCAUACAAUAAAGCGUCUGGGUCCCUACUGCUACGGCGUCGGGGCUGAUGCCACUUCCGGGAGGCACAUAUCGGAUGCUCACUACAAGGCGUGCACUUACGCCGGGGUCAAGAUGGCCGGCACAAACUGCGAGGGCAUCCUGUCGCAGUGGGAAUACCAGGUGGGUCCCUUGGAAGGCGUCGAUGCCGCCGACCACCUCUGGAUGUCGCGCUACAUACUGGACCGAGUUGCCGAAGACUUCGGCGUGCUAGUCAGCCUGGACCCGAUGCCUUAUCCCCCGGGAGACUGGCUAGGUUCUGCCAUGCACACUAACUUCAGCACCAGGUCGAUGCGCAGCCCCGGCGGCAUAAGUGCCAUCAGAGCCGCUGUCGAGAAGCUCAAGCACAACGCCGACGCCGAUUUGGCCAAAUAUGACACUGCCAGGGUCAAGCGAAACAAACUGCGGGUCGGAUCGGGCAUGGUGACUACGCCUCUCAACCAGUUCACCGCCGACGAGUGCUCCAAGGAAGUCAGCGUACGCAUACCACGCAUCGUCGUGGACGCUGGAAAGGGUUACCUCGAGGACCGGAGGCCCGGCGGCAACGCGGACCCUUACACCGUCUGCGAGACGAUCAUCAGGACGGUGUGCCUGGAGUGACCGAUUUAUCGGCUUUGCCCUGCAAUCGGACUUCAAUAAGAUGUUUAGAUAAAGGUGUAUGUAUGGUAAU